AUGUCUAUAAUUAUCGAUCGGAUUCUUGCAGCUGCGCCCACAACCGAACGGGGUCGGCCAUCAAAGCUUUCGGCAGAUCCCAAGGGAGAACAGUUAGCGUAUGCUUCUGGCAAAUCAAUCUUUCUACGAUCCAUUGAUAACCCUUCGCUCAGCAAGCAGUAUACAUCACAUAUCGCCCAGACUACGGUAGCUCAAUUCUCGCCGUCUGGAUAUUAUGUCGCCUCAGGAGACGUGACCGGAACAGUCAAAGUCUGGGAUUCCGUUGAAGCUAACAUUACGAAAGGAGAGUACCAAAUUAUAUCGGGACGGAUAAACGACAUUGCAUGGGAUGGGGAUUCACAACGCAUCAUUGCGGUCGGUGAUGGCCGCGAACGCUUUGGGCGCUGCAUAUUGGCAGAUAGCGGAAAUUCCGUGGGCGAAAUAACUGGACAUUCAUCAAUUAUAAAUGCUGUUUCUAUUCGAAAACAACGUCCCUUAAGGGCCGCUACGGUUGCUGAUGAUUGCAGCUUAAUUUUUUUACACGGUCCGCCUUUCAGGUAUGCGGAUAAGAUUGGAAAUAAACACAAUAGAUACAUCUACGAUGUACAAUUUUCUCCGGAUGGAAACAAACUUGUAAGUGUUGGUGCCGACCGAAUGAUUCAUUUGUACGACGGCAAAACUGCAGUCCCUGAGAUGCAAAUUGGUAAAGAUGAGCACAAAGGAAGUAUUUUUGGAGUCUCUUGGGCUAGUGAUUCCAAGAGAAUAGUCACAGCCAGUGCAGACCAGACAGUAAAGCUAUGGGAUAUAGAAACUGGAAAGAGCCUGCAAACAUGGAAAUUCGGUGAAGAGAAUUGUGUAAGUAUUGCGGAUCAUCAAGUGGGCGUAGUCUGGCCAGCUUCUCGGAAUGACGGCCUUAUUAUCAGCUUGAAUCUAGCUGGAGACUUAAUAUACCUGGUUGAAGGCACCGAAAAUCCCAUCAAAACUAUACAGGGACACAACAAGAGUAUUACGGCUAUGGGGUCUUCUGUCAGUAGCAAAGGCCAAAAUUUAUUCACAGGCAGCUUCGACGGCAGGGUGUGCGCUUGGGACAUGUCUUCCUAUGCUGGUUCCACAGUUCAAGGAGAAUGUCACAAGAGCCAGAUCAUUGCAUUCCAGACGACAUCAGACAAAUUGUAUAGUGCUGGCUGGGAUGACAAGCUUCGGAUAGCGGAUAUAUGCGGAAAAAGAUAUGUUGGAGACGCUGUAUCAAUAUCGGCACAGCCUAAAGGACUGGCAAGUGCGGAAGGCCGUGUAUUUGUGGUUACAUGCAACGGCGUUGACAUAUUCACCGACGAUAAACUUGUGGCUAGCUUACCAAUCAAGAAUUUCAACCCAACUGCGAUCGCAGCAGUAAAAUCACUUGUAGCAGUCGGAAAUGAUAAAAAUAUGGUGCAAAUUUACACCGUGGGAGAGGAUCACCAGCUUUCUCUCCACAAGGAGCUUUCUGAUUCGCAAGCAGGUGUUGUAGUCCUCAGCUUCUGCGAGGACGGCUCUCUCCUGGCGGCCUGUAACACGAUGGGCAAAAUCAUAGUAUACGAGACGAGCUCUUGGUCAGUGCAGACGAAUCGUUGGUCGGCACACACGGCACGAGUGAUGAGCUUCGCUUGGAAUUCGACUGGUACCCAUGCAGUUAGUGGUGGACUAGAUAACCAUGUUUAUGUUUGGAGCUUGAAAUCUCCGGGAAAACGUAUACAGGCACAACAUGCUCACAAAGAUGGUGUGUAUGGAGUUUCAUGGGCUGAUGGUGACAAAAGGAUUGUAAGCACCGGAGGAGAUGCUACACUAAAGAUAUGGGAUGUCUUGGAUCUUGACUAG